AUGAAUGACACCCCUCGACCCAUGAAUGACACCCCUCGACCCAUUAAUGACACCCCUCGACCCAUUAAUGACACCCCUCGACCCAUGAAUGACACCCCUCGACCCAUGAAUGACACCCCUCGACCCAUGAAUGACAACCCCUCCUCGAUAACGCAACCGUCUCCGGGUCUCCUAACUCAGAUUUACCAUGCACAGUUGUGGCAGGAAGUUGCCAUGCCAGACACCAAGUGUGGCACCGUCAACCCUCCCUCGCUGCCGGCGCCACGUCCUCCCGGGAGUCAUCCGACACUUGAGCCGUUAUACACUACACUCCUGCCUGCCGCGCCCCUGCCACCCGCGCCCCUGCCUGCCGCGCCCCUGCCUGCCGCGCCCCUUGCCUGCCGCGCCCCUGCCUGCCGCGCCCCUGCCGGCCGCGCCCCUGCCGCCCGCGCCCCUGCCUGCCGCCCGCGCCCCUGCCUGCCGCCCGCGCCCCUGCCUGCCGCCCGCGCCCCUGCCUGCCGCGCCCCUGCCUGCCGCCCGCGCCCCUGCCUGCCGCCCGCGCCCCUGCCUGCCGCCCGCGCCCCUGCCUGCCGCCCGCGCCCCUGCCUCCGUAAAGAGUUUAUCCAGGGCAUAAAUGGCAUGUUUCCGUAUAAUACCAGUAAGGCAGGGGUGCGGCAGGCAGGGGUGCGGGCGGCAGGCAGGGGUGCGGGCGGCAGGCAGGGGUGCGGGCGGCAGGCAGGGGCGCGGGCGGCAGGCAGGGGCGCGGGCGGCAGGCAGGGGCGCGGGCGGCAGGCAGGGGCGCGGGCGGCAGGCAGGGGUGCGGGCGGCAGGCAGGGGCGCGGGCGGCAGGCAGGGGCGCGGGCGGCAGGCAGGGGCGCGGGCGGCAGGCAGGGGCGCGGGCGGCAGGCAGGGGCGCGGCCGGCAGGCAGGGGUGCGGGCGGCAGGCAGGGGCGCGGCCGGCAGGCGGGGGUGCGGGCGGCAGGCGGGGGCGCGGGCGGCAGGCGGGGGCGCGGGCGGCAGGCGGGGGCGCGGGCGGCAGGCGGGGGCGGCAGGCGGGGGCGGGGGCGGCAGGCGGGGGCGCGGGCGGCAGGCGGGGGCGCGGGCGGCAGGCGGGGGCGCGGGCGGCAGGCGGGGGCGCGGGCGGCAGGCGGGGGCGCGGGCGGCAGGCGGGGGUGCGGGCGGCAGGCGGCGGUGCGGGCGGCAGGCGGGGGUGCGGGCGGCAGGCGGGGGUGCGGGCGGCAGGCGGGGGUGCGGGCGGGGGCGCGGGCGGCAGGCGGGGGCGCGGGCGGCAGGCGGGGGCGGCAGGCAGGGGCGCGGGCGGCAGGCAGGGGCGCGGGCGGCAGGGGCGCGGGCGGCAGGCAGGGGUGCGGGCGGCAGGCAGGGGUGCGGGCGGCAGGCAGGGAAAAUACUGACCUGUGCGACAAGGAACGUGAGAGUGAUGACCCCACUUACACCCAGAAGACCAUACCUGGUUGA